UGGCGAGGACAAACUAAACUGCGGAAACAGCAUCAGAUAACGAGCAGGCGGAGGUUUUUGAACACAGAUCGAGGUUUAUCACCCAUCCCACCCGGCGUGUAGGGGGGGGCUUCCCACCGGCGUGUUCGUGUAUGAGUGUGAGAUCACUCGUGUAGAAUAAUGUCACCACCACAGUGAGCACUUCUCUGAGUGAGAGGAAACUCUCCCAGUGUAGCAGCAGCUGACAGCUGAUCGUCACAAUGACAGCAAGGAGCGUGUGUGCAGUGCGCAGGUUGCUGAGCGGACUCCCUCUCAGAGCUCACAGGGUUCGGUGGCUCAGCUCCGCUUCGACCUCCAGUCAAGGACGAGCUCCUGUCAGACAGCUGAGCUGCUCCCACACUCUGAGGAGGGCGGAGCCUCCCCCCACAGGUCCCAGCAGUUGGUCGUUCAGGAGUCACAGCUGUGGAGCGCUGAGAUCCCAUCAUGUGGGAGACACAGUCACUCUGUGUGGUUGGGUCCAGUACCUCAGACAAAACCUGUUUGUCAUCUUGAGAGAUUUCAGUGGAUUAACGCAGAUUUUAAUUCCUCAAGAAGAGUCUGCAGGAGAUUUGAAAUCAGUGCUGUACGAUCUCAGAACUGAGUCUGUCAUCAAGGUAACAGGAACCGUCAGACGACGCCCAGCGGGACAGGAGAACGAGGCGAUGCCAACAGGAGACAUCGAAGUCCUUGCUGAGAACGUGGAGGUUUUUAAUGUGUGCCGACAGCUGCCUUUUGAGAUUAAAGACUUUGUUAAAAAAUCAGAGUCUCUGCGGAUGCAGUAUCGCUACUUGGACCUGAGGUCCUCUCAGAUGCAGAGGAACCUCAGACUGAGAUCUCAGCUGGUGAUGAAGAUGAGAGAAUACCUCUGUAAUGUGCACGGUUUUGUCGAUGUGGAAACUCCCACCUUGUUCAAAAGAACACCAGGGGGAGCCAAAGAGUUUGUGGUUCCUUCCAGAGAACCAGGCAGGUUCUUCUCCCUCCCCCAGAGUCCACAGCAGUUUAAACAGCUUCUGAUGGUGGCUGGCAUUGACAGGUACUUCCAAAUGGCAAGGUGCUACAGAGAUGAGGGCUCCAAACCGGACCGGCAGCCUGAGUUCACCCAGGUGGACAUAGAGAUGUCUUUUGUGGACCAGGCAGGUAUCAUGUCCCUGGUGGAGGGCUUAUUACAGUACUCCUGGCCCGCAGAGAAUGGUCCGAUUAAGAUUCCUUUCCAAACCAUGACGUAUGAGGAGGCAAUGAGGGACUAUGGUGUGGACAAACCAGAUACUAGAUUCAGUAUGAAGCUGACUGACCUCAGUGAGGUAUUCUCAUCCACGAAAAUUGAAUUCCUUAGAUCAGCUCUGAGUCAUCCAGGAGGCUCUGUUCAGGCCAUCUGUGUUCCCAGUGGAGAGAAACUUUUCACUGGUAAAGAGUUGGAGGAACUGAAACAAACAGCUAAGACUCAAUUUGGACAGGAGCUGAGUGUGGUGCGUGUCAGGGCAGAUGGGACACUAAAGUCUCCUCUGAAGAAGCUGCUGUCUGUCUCCUCCACAGAGGAGCUGCUGAGCAGGACUGGAGCCGAACCUGGAGACUUGCUGCUGAUGGCAGCCGGCUCCCUGGACACUGUGCGCAUGUUGCUUGGCAGUCUUCGUCUGCAGUCUGCAGAGCUCCUGGAGUCUCAUGGUGUUUCACUACGAGAUCUCUCAGCCUUCCACUUCCUGUGGGUUGUGGACUUCCCUCUCUUCCUGCCCAAAGAGGAUGAGCCAGAUAAACUGGAGUCAGCCCAUCAUCCAUUUACUGCUCCACUGCCCGAGCAUGUGGAGCUACUCUACACUGAACCUCACAAGGUUCGUGGUCAGCACUAUGACCUGGUGCUGAACGGCUGUGAGAUCGGAGGAGGAUCCAUCCGUAUCCACAAGGCCUCAGAGCAGCUGCAUGUGCUGACGAACAUCCUCAAGGAGGAUUCCAGUCUCCUCUCUCACCUGCUGGAGGCUCUGGACUCGGGAGCACCACCACAUGGAGGCAUUGCUUUGGGUUUGGACCGGCUGGUCUCCAUCAUGGUCAGAGCUCCCAGCAUCCGUGACGUCAUCGCUUUCCCCAAGUCCUUUAGGGGUCAUGACAUCAUGAGCCACGCCCCUGACUUUGUAUCUGAGGAGGAGCUGAAGUCUUACCACAUCUCCAUUAGAUGGCCAACAGAGCGAUGAGGAGGAGAAGAAGAAGAGGGGAAGUGAGGAUAUUAAGAGAUGAAGAGACAUCAGAGGAAAGGGCGAUCUCUAUAGCAUAGCAGAUGAUGACAAGGAGUCAGUGACAAAAUCGGCCAUCCAGAAGAAGAUGUUGGAGGAGUUGAUGUUGUGACUGAAUCUCAGUGUUUGAAAUGGAAGAGAACAUGGAAACAGUCACAGCAUUCAGUCUUGAAAUCUAACUACGAAGAGUUCAACAGAUUAAAUUAACUCUCAUUGAUAAUGGAAAACACUGUGAUGAUGUUUCCUCCCAAAACAACACCUCAUAUUAUCAAUAGUCUUUAAGAGGAGAGAGGUUUCCUUAAAGGACAGUUGUGCUAAUUAAAAAUGAUCAAUGUUAUAGCUCCCUCUCGAAUUGGCAGAGCUGUAACUCUAAUGAAUCUACAGACCUGUUUACUUUUUAUUACUUUAAUGUCAUGUGUUCAAAUGUUUCAGAGCUUGUUUGAAGAUUAAAACUCUGGAAAAACU